UCUCCUCUCUUCAUAAUAUCACUCGUUAUCACUCGAUAGACUGGCCCCCACCUGCUCCACCUGUUGUCCACGAUGCGUCUUUAUCUCUCCGGUCUCUCGCGACGAGCCUUCAAACCGUACGUUGCCGAAUUUCUCGGCACCGCCCUCAUCAUCGUGAUCGGCGAUGGUGUCGUGGCUCAAGCCCUGCUCUCCGACUACCAGUAUGGCACCUGGCUCUCUAUCAACCUGGCCUGGGCGGCCGCCGUUUGUCUCUCCGGCUACAUCGCGGACCCUAGUCCUGCCAGCAAUCCCGCCAUCUCCCUCGUCAUGGCCUUCGUCCGCCCGCAGCCCGAUCAGUGGCGGAAGCUGCCCGGCAAGCUGUUGGCCCAAUUCCUGGGCGGUUUCGUGGGCGCGGCCAUAGUCUACAUCAACUACCGGUCGGCCAUCUUGGACUGGGACCCGGAAUAUACGAUCCCGGGGGGUUCGAUUCUGAGCCCGCGGGGUCACCACUCGGCCGGCAUCUUCUCCACCUAUCCCGCCAGCUUCUUCUCCUCCAAUUGGGAGGCGGUCUUCUCGGAAGUCCUCGGAUCGGCCGUGCUCAUGUUCGGCUCGCUGAGUGUGUCGGACCCGGCCAAUGCCCAUCGCUUCCACUCGCCCCAGUUCUCCAUGUUUGUGCUUCUGCUCGCCAUUGGAGCAGCGCUGGGCUGGCAGACUGGCUACGCGAUCAAUCCCGCACGCGACUUCGGCCCGCGUCUUUUCUCGGCCAUCCUCUACGGUCGCGAGGUAUUUACCGCCGCCAACUACUACUUCGUCGUGCCCUUGUUUGCCCCCGUCGUCGGAUGCUUUGUGGGAGCCACGGUCUACGAUUCGCUGCUGUACGAGGGGGAUGGAUCGCGCAUUGCGGACGCGCUGGACAAGGCCGAGGACGUGGACGGGGAGCUGCGCCUGCAUUAGCGGACUGGAAUAUCGACGACUGCAUGUUUUGCCAUGAAUGACCACGACAAUGAACCCACGGAUCGUCUGGACGAUACCGCCUGGCACGAACACCACCUGGACAACGGAGAGCGCGAUAGACUGGAUCUGGAUACACGGUUGCUCAUAGAUGGUAGACGAAUAUCCUAGAAUACAUUUAUUUUAGAUGCAAAUGACACAAAUGAAUGAAAGGGGACCGCGUGAUGCGUUGCAUGAAGAC